AUUCAUUAUGGAAACCUUCUCGAGGCAGCAACACAAACACCACGACAUCAACAUCACAACCAAAGACGUUUCUUCACGAAAAGCCAAACCUGGCCCUAUUCGCUCCUGGCUAUGGGAGACUCUAUCGUUAUUGUUCGCUCUGGGCUUGUUGAUAGCUACGAUUGUUAUUCCAGCACAGAACAAUAACAGAGUCUUGAAACCAUGGCCAUACGACAUCAGCCUCAACACAAUUAUUGCUAUCCUUAGCACCUUUAUGAGAGCUUCAAUGUUACUUGUCGUUGCUGAGCUCAUCGGUCAGAUGGGAUGGAAUGCUGUGCAGCAGCCCCGUCCUGUUUCCGAUCUUCAUCAUUUCAACAAUGCCAGUCGCGGCAUCCUUGGAGCGAUGAAGCUAUUCUGGACUGUUCCUCCACGGCUCACAAGCAUCGUCGCCGCUCUUGUUAUCAUUAUAUCUCCCGCAAUCACUCCCUUUGCCCAGCAGUCUGUCAGCACAGUUCCUUGCCCGAGAACAGUCCUAGGCGCGCAAGCAUCUCUACCGAUUACUCAUUAUGUCCCUGCCGUCAAUUCGAGCUUUCGAACAAGUGCCGCUGGCAAUCACAUUUCAGGUGAUAUGAAAGUCGCCAUGAUGAAUGGCCUCGUCAACCCUACGGGUAAGGACACAGCUAUAGCAGCAACUUGCUCAACUGGAAACUGCACAUUUCCAUCAGACUCCCAAGGCGUAACCCAUUCCUCGGUUGCCAUGUGCAGUGCCUGCAUUGACACCACGGAGUUUAUCAAGUUGGAAGUCAUUACUAACGAGAGUAAUGGAACCUAUGGUUACUUCGGCAAAGUUUACAACUACACUCUGCCAAAUGGUCAGUGGAUUCAGGCUGUUGUCAAAAGCCAGGUCAUGGUAUUGUCGGGGGAUUUGGACUGGGCCCUCGACACACCCGACUCCAAUUUUGCCCAGUUGGCCAAAGUCGCUAUUUCGAAUUUGACGACUCUAAGCUUCACGCAGAACGGUUGCAACGUUACUGAUAGCAGGCACGCAACCUGUCCUGAGGAUAGGCUGAUCUCAAAAACCCCAGAGGGAAUGCGUUAUCAGUAUGCCAUAGCAACUUCAUGUGCCCUCUAUCCUUGCAUCAAGAAAUACCACGCCAAGGUUGAGAAGGGUUCGCUCAUCGAGAAGGUGGUUGACGAGCAGCCCAUCGAUUACAACAGGGCUGCCGAUGACAUCGCAGGAAAUCGUGUUGGGGUACAACAGCCCUGCAUGAUCAAUGGGACUGAAUAUCAACUUGCCAACUUUUCCCAAACCAAGGAACCCUCAUACUCAGAAACAAUUGUCCCAAUCGAUGGUACUAACUAUACAGUCCCGCAUCAAUGUGUCUACACGCUCACGUUUAGCUACCGGCAAGCACUAGCAAGCUUCAUUGAGAAUACACUUUUCAACACUGUCUGCUUCGCCAAUAUAUAUGGUGGCGGGAAAGACCAGCUUGAUUGUGGCGACCAAUGGUGGCUACCCCCACUCUAUAACUCAACAUUUCAAGGUCUCGAUGCUGCUUUUGAUUUGUUCACAACCGCCAUAACAAACAACUUCCGCAAGCAGGGUGUAAGAGGUCUUUACCUGGACCAUUUACUGGAAGGGACAGACAAGGCAUCAGGCCAAGCUACAGAGAUGGCUAUCUGUACUGUGUUUGAUUGGCGGUGGGUGCUUUUACCGGCCGGUCUGAUGGCCAUCACGAUGCUCUUGUUGAUAAUUGCCGUUGUCCAAGGAUUUACUAGCCCGGGAAUGCCGGUGUGGAAGACUUCGAUUCUUCCAUUGUUGUUUUAUGGACCUAAUGUGGUGGGCCAGACACAGGAGACGGACUUGGAUGAUUUGCAGAAGGAGGCUGGAAGGGUGAUAGUAAAGAUUGAGCAUGAUGAGAAUGUCAGACUUGGACAGGUUGAUACUAGGGGGACGGAAAGUUGA